AUGAUACCAAUCAUAGUCAUCGUGGCCAGCGGAAUACCCGCUGGAACAGAAGCCAAAGAGAAAACCAAGAAAGCUUAUCUACGGAUAUCGACAAAGGAGAGGGCGAAAGACCUGUAUCAACGGGUCUCCGCGGUUGACAUCAUGCCACUCUGCCUGAGCGGCACGACGUCUGCUAAUGCCUGCUACCAACGUGAACAGAAGCGCCUCAUGGAGAGAUUCGACCAGAUACAAAGGAACGGAGCAGACAGUCUGACGCUGUCCUCCGCAACUCUCUGGCCGCCUUUAUGGACUCUGCGAUUGCGGCUCUUGCAGAGUCCCCUGACAUUGCUUACAUCUUCGUGA